AUGAUUAGCUCCAUUACUGAAUUUUUGGAAGAAUUGAAGGACUCAUUUGUCCCAACAGUCGCCAAGGCCGAAGACGAGGACAACGAGGAAGAAAAAGGUGAAGAUGAAGACGAGGAUGAAGAUGAUGAAGAUGAGGACGAUGAGGACGAUGAGGACGAUGAGGAUGAGGAAGAAGCUGCUGACCAAUUGGAUGAAUUAAGAGAAGAAUGCAGACAAACUCCAGAAGGUAAAGAAGUGGUUCAUCAUUACAUGGAAUGUGCCGAAAGAGUUCACAAACAACAAGAACAACCGGGCUAUGAAGACUUAGAAUACAAAGAAGAUUGUGUUGAAGAAUUCUUCCAUUUACAACACUACCUUGACAGCUGUGCUGCUCCAAGACUAUUUAACAAGUUGAAGUAA